CUAGAGAUCAACUUGAUAAAAUCAAUCGAUGUAUUCUUAUAAAAGAUAAUCUCAUUCCUCUAUGAAUAUUUAUACAAUUAUUUCAUGGCUAUAACAAAUUUGGAAGAGAAGAUUCUCUUCAAUUCUAAAUAGCGAUGUCAAAUUGAUUGAAGAGAUGAUUUAAAUCAUGGGAGGAGAAUUAUAUUAUCAUUUUUUUAAGGCAUUUAAUUAUUAUGUCGAUCUAACUCUGAGAGCCUUUCUAGCAAUUAGACAUUAUUAUGAGCAUUUCUAAUAUUUGGUAACUCUCAUGAUCAAUUUAGGAUUAGGAUGUCAUGAUAGAUUCUAAGAAGAAUUUUACUGAAAGAUUUUAAGUAAUUCUAUUUUUAGAUUCAUAUAGUUUUUAAAAAAAUGAUCUCAC